ACUUCGUGUUUAACCGUGACACCACCCUAAGAACACAAACAUAGGAAGGAGAAAGCGAAUCCUGAAGUGAAAAAGAGUUAGCCUGAAAGAACGAAAGAGAAGGAGAGAAAAGAACGGAACUACCGAGGAUCUGAGUCAGAAUUUCUGACCACAGUCGCUCAGUCGCUAACGAAGUACCGAAACGAGCAGUUGUGCGCUACUUGUGCUUCAUUUCCAAACGUAUUUCUUGUAAGAAAUAAAAAUGAUCGUCGAGGUUGAGAAUUCCGCAGAUUUGAAGAGCAAGUUGGAGAAGGCGGGCGACAGUUUAGUCGUAAUCGACUUCUUCGCAACAUGGUGUGGUCCUUGCAAAAUGAUUGCACCUAAAAUAGAAGAAUUAGAAAAGGAAAUGACCGGUGUUCUCUUCUUCAAAGUUAAUGUUGAUCAGUGUGAAGAUCUUGCUAAUGAAUAUGAAAUCACUAGUAUGCCUACCUUUGUUUUCAUCAAGAGUGGCAAAGUGGUCGAAACAUUUGCAGGCGCUAACUACGAUAGAGUUAAAAACACAGUUCUAAAAUACAAGUGAAUAUAAUCAAUUUUAUUAAUAAAGUUUUGUUAAGCAGAAAUGUCUAUUGAUUACUAUUAAUCAGUAAGAGUAACUAGCAAAAGCCAUAUAAUCAUUAAAAAUGAAGUUAUGUUUCAUCUGUAAAGUAAAUAUAAGGAGAUACAGAAUUU